GCAAGAAUCGGCUCUUCCCCGGCAGCGCUUCUUCAGGCGCAGACCUGCCUCACUGAGCCUUCUCCAUCCGUUUCUCUCUGACUGAUCUGCGCAGAAUGGCGAGAUCUUGUUUGUGGAUGCGGCUAUUCGGUUGAGCCUUAUCUUUCCUCGACGCAGGCUGUGGAGAUGACCACAGGCGGCAGCACGUCCGAGCCUCGACAGCAGAAGAAGAAUAUAUGGCGACGAAUGGUGACAAAGAGCACACGCGAGCACACAGCAGUCUUCAUUCUCCCUGUGUGUGUCCAUUGUGUGUCCUGCAUUUCACUGCAGGUGCGUCGCAAGCCGUCGCAUCUCAUCCGCGAGGAGCUCCAUCUUGACGCUGAUGAACCACCCUCUGCCUCACUGACCGUCAGCGCACCACUCCCAACAGACUCACCGGUCGGGCUGCGCAAGUGCAUCACCUUUGCCGACCUCGUGCUCUUCGGCAUCGGGGCCACUGUCGGUACCUGACAACCACACACACGACAAGAAGAGGAAGACGAUCAUAGCAGAGGUGGGCGUCGGUCUGGCUGCUUGUUGCAGGUGCGGGUAUCUUUGUGGUGACUGGUGAGGGCGGCCGCAUGGCUGGGCCGGGCCUCGUCUUGUCGUUUGUGACGGCCUGCGGCGGCUGCCUGCUCUCGGCGCUCGCCUACGCCGAGUUCGCCAGCGACAUUCCCAGCGCGGGAUCGGCCUACACAUUCGUCUACAGCAGCCUCGGGGAGCUGUUUGCUUUUCUCAACGGUCUUUUCCUCGUCAUGGAGUACGGCCUCUCAGGUAGAGAUGAACACACUCAUUGAUUGGGGCGAGAAGAAUCGUGGCUGCCUUUGUGUGUGUCCAUCCAUCCAUCCAUCCGUUAGGUGCUGCUAUUGCUAAGGGCUGGACGGCCUACGUGACGAGCCUGUUGUCAUACAAGAAUGCCGAUGGCGAGGUCAUCAACUACCUGCCACCAUUCCUCAGAGAUUACCAGGUGCACAGCACAGCACACCGAUCACACGGACACACAGGGAUCGAUGCGGUGCACGUGGUCUCUUUGCCGGCCAGGUAAACGACUGGCUGAGUUGGUCUCCCCUGUCUGGGCUGCUGGUGCUCUUCCUGACGGCGAUAUCGGUGUUGGGCAUCAGCAGCACCAAGGCCUUCAACGGAUGCAUCACUUUCCUGAACAUCGCUCUCAUACUCAUCUUCGUCGCGACCGGGCUCAGAUACACCAGCGCCAGCAACUGGGUAAAACAGAAAGACAACUGAUGCAUCCAGGCGGCUGACCAUGGCAUGUGUCAGGAUCCCUUCUUCCCCGGCCACUUUAGCGGCGUCAUGCAGGCCGCUGGCGUGGUCUUCUUUUCCUACAUCGGCUUCGACUCAGGUAGGUGGGUGGUGCGUGUGGCUGGAUGUUUCCAUUCCCUCGGGAGUGUGUGUGUGUCAUCCUCUACUCAGUGACGACGUUGAGUGAGGAGGUUGCGGACAAGCGCAUCAUCCCGCUGGCCAUCUUUGCGUCCCUCUUCAUCGUCACCACCCUAUACUGCCUCACCAGCAUUGUACUCACAGGCAAGACAUGUCAAGCGGCACCACACCACACCACACACACCGACAUGGCGCCUCUUGAUGAAUGAAUGGUUUUUACCGUUUGGUUAGGUAUGGUGGCCUCCCCCGAGUUGGAUCUCGGCACGCCCCUCGCGUCAGCAUUCAAAAAACACGGAGCAAACGCACUCGCAUUCCUCGUGAGCAAGCGUGACACCGGCAGUCGAUCCAUGGAUGGAUGGAUGGAUGUGUUUGUAUCCGUGUGUCCAUGUGUGUGUCAGGUGUCCUUGGGCGCUGUGACGAGCACCAUGGCCACGAGCCUGGCGAGUCUGGUGGGGCAGCCGCGGAUAUUCUAUCGCAUGAGCUGCGACGGCCUGCUCUGGCCAAUAUUCGGUCAGCGUCCACACACCUGUGGCUGUGACACAUCCAUCCUUUCUCACGUGUGUAUGUGGAUUGUGCGUGAGGAUUGGAUGCAGCCAAGGUUGACCGUCAGCGGCAGAUCCCCUUCUAUGGCGCCCUCAUCAGCGGCAUCUCGUGUGCGCUGCUCAGCGCCCUUGUCAACUUCGGUUGGAUAAGAAGAGACACACAGCACGCCCUCCACCUCCCCCCAUCAAUCGUCGCCCUGCUCUUCUCCAGGUGCUUUGGUUGACGUUAUAUCUGCCGGGACGUUGCUGGCAUUCACCUCGGUGUGUGCGGGUCUCAUCAUCAGGCGGGCCGACAGCCCCACCGACCAGCAUCAGCAGGUGCCGAGAUACGAGGCCGUUCCCACAGAGGAGGACCCCUCCACAGCCCCGCCCCUAUCCACCAUCGACAGCAGCAUUGACAACAUGUCAUCGUCGCCGGAUCUCUCCGUCAGUGAGCCAUCCAGCCCCCAGGCGGCCAACGACACGCCAUCUGCAGCAGCAUCGCCGCAGCCAAGGAGAGCAAGUGAUGGGUCGAGCGGGAGGGUGGGGCAUGUGCGAGACAUGGGUGCCGAAGGGGCGACGGCAGCGAGGGUGCGGUGGAAGGCGCGGCUUGGGUGGGCGGUGGGUGGGUACUUCUCAUCGUGCAUUGCGUUUGGCUACGCUGUGGUAGGAAGGAGACCAAAAGUCUGCCACGACUGUCUCUAUGCAUCAGUGUGUCUAUAUCGAUGUAUGCAGGCCAGCACCACCUCGUCUCUCCUUGUCUUCGCAGCCGUCUUCCUUCUCAUUUCGACCGCCGCGGCCGUCGCCUACUCCUACCGCAUGACCCUCAGGAGCCCCCCCGCUCCCCCACCUCACCCACCAGUACCGCCACCAGCCGCCCUCAGCGGCACCGCAGACCCAUCAGUCGUGGGCCGGCCGUCCUCGCCCACAUAUCGUCCCAAACAGCGGCACUCGCUCGAUGAGGAGGGAGAGAGCGGCGGCAUUGAGAUGACCGCCAUGCCGUCGCGAGAGAGGGAAAGCGAUGAGGGCGGGGUGGGACAUGGCGGUGAGGGUGAGAAGUACAUGAGGGGUGGUGGUGGUGGUGAUGGUGAUAACGGGUUUCGGUGUCCCUGUGUGCCGCUGCUGCCGAUGGUUGGGAUGCUCAUCAACUGCUACCUUGUCUGCAGCUUAAAGGUACGCACACAGACAGACAUGCCCACAUAUGUGUGUCAGGCAAAGAGCGUGUGUGUGUCUCAGGUGGAUGCCUUUUAUCGCUGUGUGGCGACUGUGGUCCUGGGUUUGGUCAUCUACCUGGCAUAUGGCGUGCACCAUAGCACAAUGGAGCGGCAAUACAAUUAAGGAGGCCACUCACUGAGGGAUGGAGGGAGGGCUAUUUGCAAUUUGGUCAAUGAAGGCUGCACAGUGCACUCUUCGUCUCUUGCCGCUCAAGUGCAUGAGCGACUGGUGGUGGUGUAUAGCAGCGGUCGACG